CCUCGCAACAACAACAUCACCACUUUUAACGCGAUCGCGCAUCGCCCGAGACGAUGAGCGCGUCCACAUGUCCCCUAACGCGCCCGACACAUCGACGACCCCGGCAGAGAUAGCAUUCGCCGAUGAUGCCGAGCCUUUCAUCCCCAAGCCCUUGAUCGACGAUCUCUUGCGCACGCGCUACUGCAUCCCGGGGUCCGUCUUCCUCGUCGAGGACAUUGAGUCGCUCCCCGUUCCGCGCUCGAGACGAUGGCGCGCCGUGAGGCUGAUGCUCGGCGACGGUGAGCUCUGCAUACAGGCCUUGCUCCGCGGGGAGAUGCACCGUUUCCUCGAUUCGGGCGCCGUUAGGGUUGGCUGCUACGUGCGCUUGGGCGACUUUGGCCUUCGUUUCCACAAUGGCACGGAUGACGCCCAUCGCUCUGGUGGGACACGGCAACUGGUCUACUUGGUUGUUCAUGACCUGGUCACUGUUGGGUGGCAUAGGUCUCUUACGGUCCCCGGCCCGAUGCCCCAGCAGCCUCAUCAACAAAAGGCAGAGGACGCUUCCGUCUCGGACAGUGAUCUCGACUUAGACGGUGUGGAAGCUCUUGCUGAUCUGCCUCGUCAAACACAAGAUCCGAGUCCGUGUGCCCUACCAAGCACGAAGCCGAACCGGCAAACUCGGGAGGAACCUGCGAAGGAACAUUUGGAUGAGGAACACGACGCAGGAGAGGAUUUUGAGGUUAUGCAAGUGUCGGCAGCCAAGGCGACACAGCGAAGAGCCCAGGCAAGGAACAGGACGGCAGCCGUCGCUCUGCCACGUGACUGGACGGACCCAACCAUCCCCUUGAAGCUGACGCCCCUGCGAUCCAUCCCGAACUUGCCUUACAAACAGAACUGGUCCGUCAACGUCCUCGCCAUCGUGACGUCGCUUUCCGAUGUCGAGCCUUCCCACAUGCCCCCGCACACCCAGAGGACGGCGAGACUGGCUGAUCCAAGCACUACCAAACACGUCAUCCUCACUGUCUUCCUCGACGCGGAAGAGUUCAAUCCCAAGAUUGGCAAUGCUGUGCUUCUUGUUGGCGUCAAGAAUCACCGCUUCGACGGCGGCUGCCUGAAGAAGUACGUCAGCGACAAGCCCAAGCCGGGCGCCCGCUGGUGGUUUGAGGAGCCACGGCAAUUUGACUGGUGCGACGUCGACGGCCUGGUUCAGUGGUGGAAGCAGUCGCAACAACAGCGGGCGGUCGUCGAAAAUGCAUGACUCGGGAAUGUCACAUUUGCCACAGAGUAAAGACCCCGAAUCGUGUCAGUACAUGUAUGUAAAUGAAGCGGGCCAAAAAAGUCUUGGUAGUGGUUUCAGUUAUUAACU